AUGUUUCAAAUAUACAUUUUGUUUGGAAUAAAAUAUUUGUUAGUGUCAGCGAAAAUGUUUGAAAGUGAAUUAAAUGUGAAUGAUAUACUCCGUUCGGAUUUGAUGCCGACAUACUUUAUGGUGGGCAGUGAAAAUCAAAGUGUUGAAAGUUUUAAUAAGACUGCAGAUAAGAGUGUUGAACAGUCGAUCAAUGGGUCUAUUGAUGCUGCGUUAUCUACUCUAGGAUUCCACAGAAAAAUGAUGAACGAAUACCAUUGCCGAAAUUACAUAGCUGAUCAAAUUUUGGAGGAGAUGGGGAAAAGUGUCUUGCAAAACAGGAUAGGGAAACCCUUUAGUGAGGUGAAAGACAACGUGUUGUCUCGGAGACAGGACAUAAGGAGUAAUGUAAUGUUUGAUGUUGGGUCCUCUAAUUACCAAGAAUGGCUGGCCAAGGUGGCAGCUCUCAACGAUGUUCAUAAUGCAGCCAACAUGGCGACAAAUAUUGGUAUAAACAACACUACACUUGCAGGAGAUCCGUCGGCACCGCAAUCACCUGCUUUACAAACUAGAGAAGGUUAUGAAGUUUAUGAAAGUGGCAAGGAGUUCACAGGUUACACGGCUCCUGAUGUAGCGGCACAAGAUAUCGCUAAGUAUAGUAAGGGUGGUGGCUACGAGUACUCGAUGCCACCACCGCCGCCACCUCUGUACCAUCAUCCAGCAGCCGUGCCUCAGACUCACGUCGUGGAAGAGUACACAGUCGAGAGAGACAGCCACAGUCUCGGCUUGGCUGACCUCUUCGACAUAUCACUGACUGGUAUCGCCUUCCUGUCCUUUGGCAUGUUCAUUCUACAAGUACUCAUGUGUAUUACUAUGAAUCCACAACAACCUCAAGUAAUGCAAAUGGUGGAUAAUAGUGGUGACACGGUUAACGUUGACGAUGUGUUUCGCGUAAAGCGGGAUGCACAAGAGAGGUCCAUUCCAGCCGUGAAUACAAUGGCGCGGUAUGCGUUGUUGGCCCUGCGACCACGCUCCACACCCUGUCUGUACCGAGCCUUAUGUGUAGGGAACAAACGAGCUCGAGAGUUCCGUGGUGGAAACUGGUACUGGUUGCCAGUGUGGCAUGCAGGUGUGGCAUGGACUCGUGGCGGAGCAUUGGGAGCUCUUCGAGCUGCAGCCCUGGGCCUCGGAGGCGCUGACUGCGACCUCCACUAUCCUCGAGCACAAUGCACCAAAAAUUCUUAA